AACAAAAAAGGAAACAAAACAAAAAAAAAUGAAUCAAUAAUAAUUAAAAAAAAAAAAAAAGAAAUUAAGAUAUAAUAACAAAACCUCAUAAUGGAACGAUCUCUCCGUGACUUAAAGAUAAUAUAAAGAAAGAGAAAUAUUAUAGUUGAUCCGUGAAACGUAACGGUAUGGCAUGAUCUCUCUUUCUCUUUCUCUCUCUCUCUCUCUCUCUCUCUCUCUCUCUCUCUCUUUUUCUCUCUCUUUCUCUAUCUAUGUAUCUAUUUAUCUCUCUUCCUCUUCGGUUCGUGGCUCUUUUGAGCGGUUUCAAGAUCGCACGUGAAAGGCGAGUGGUACAAUAUACCGAUCGAUCGUUUAAAAUUUCUGCCAGUCGACGUCGACCCGGUCGAUCGACAGCACGUCCGCACAAACGCGCUCCGCAUCGGCUGUCCGCAUAUCUUUCACGAAGAAUCCUGACAAUCGUACAUCGAUUGCAACGAGGGACCUAUUGUUUUCAAGGUGUUAAUUUAUAAUUCACGAAUUUCAAAUCGGGUGUAAGUGUACGCGCGUGUGUAACGGUUGCACAUGUGUCGUAUUUGUUACAACUUACAACACUACUUGCUAUAGUAAUUGGAUGAGAAGAAUACUUUGGACGUUGGACGAAUGAGAAACGACAAAAUGGAUACUAAAACUCUGCGAAUCGUAUCCGGUCUACUUUUUUGCAUCUUUUUGGGCCCGCAUAUCGGACAGGCGAAAAAUGGACCGAACUAUGGAAGGGAAAUUGGUUCGUUUCAAGAAUAUGCACACGGUAUCAAAGGGAUUAUAUAUGCCGCAGACGAUAGUACGAUAUUCAUAAAAGGAUUCUCUUAUGAUGGAAGAGGUCCAGAUGCAUAUUUUUGGGUCGGCAAUAGUACAAGACCCAGUCCCGACGGUUACAUCGUACCAUAUCCCGAAGAUUACAAGGGCAGAGAUCCACCAGUAUUGAAGGCGUUCGACAAUGCCGACAUUGUCUUAAGGUUGCCACAAGGGAAACGCUUGCGAGACAUUAAAUGGCUAAGCGUUUGGUGCAGAAGAUUUACCGUCGACUUCGGUGAUAUUUUCAUUCCAUUGGAUUUAGACGUACCAAAGCCUCGAGUUUUGCCUGAAUUUUCAAGACUGGCCCAUGGCCUUCGUAGCGGUAAUAUCAGCAUCCUUGAUAGCAAAACCAUCUACAUUCCCAAUUUGCAUUAUGACGGUGCUGGCCCAGAUGCCUAUUUUUGGGUUGGAAAUGGCUCCGAGCCACAUAUUUUGGGCGUUAAAGUACCCAACGAAGUAGGAAGUUUGGAACCUUUAAGAGGAUAUCAAGGGGAAGACAUAGAGAUUGUUCUCCCAGAUAAUUUGACCGCCCAUGAUAUCGACUGGUUAGCUGUAUGGUGCGUCCAAUACAAGCAAAACUUCGGACAUGUUCUAAUACCAAAGGAUCUCGACAUACCUCCUGCUCUUGGCCAAACGAAAAUCACGCCGCACUGGUGGUACAAACCGACAAGCAGUACGUCCGAACCGGCUACGUCCAAACAAGGAUUAAGCAAUUGCAAGGAGUUGCUCGAAGGACGUGUACAGGUGCAAUGGGAGUUGAUUGGUGACGACGUGCAGAUUCAAGUUUCAGGUCGUAUCAAGGAGGACCAAUAUGUAGCGUUCGGUCUAUCCGGUGAACAGGAUAAGCCUGAAAUGCUGGGUGGCGAUGUCGUUGUUGUAGCUUACAACAAGAAGACAGGGAAAUUUAUUGCCGAGGAUUAUUACAUGUCCGAUAUUUCUCAAUGCGAUGGGAAAAAGGGUGUAUGUCCUGACGAAAGAGUUGGUGGUAAAAACGAUGCUAUCUUUUUGCACGGUGAAAGAAGGAACGGCAUAACAACAGUAACUUAUAUGCGACCCUUACGCACGAACGAACCUGAAAAAGACAGAAUGAUUCCUGAAUCCGAGACCAGCGUAAUUGCUGCUAUUGGUCCUCUCAAUUCAAGGGGAGAAGCCAAUGCUCAUCAGGCUUUCGACGUGACUACCGAGGAUAUACGUAUCGACUUUACGUCGAAAAAUGUCCACGAGUGUACUAAUUCCCUAUAUAACAUUCCCGACAUGUCUGACAUUGAACCCUGGCCACAAGCCGUGAUCGACAAUGAAGAUACCUUCAGUGCUAGGAUUGGACCAACCGGUGGAAUGAGAGGAUAUUCGCGUAUAACGGGUCAACCUUCGUGGGGUAUCGCGUGGUAUAUCAAUGAUUUAUUAAUACCAAAGAUCACUGUUGAAAGAGGAAAAGCUUAUACAUUUAUCGUAGAAGGUGGUAAUGAUCCUGCUAAUCCGGCCAGAUAUCAUCCAUUUUACAUAACCGACAGCCCUGAAGGUGGUUUUGGACAAAAAACUGAACCUCAACAAAGACAACAAAGAGUAUUUGCUGGUGUAGCAUAUGAUAAUGAUGGAUAUCCUUAUCCAACUGCAGCUGGUCGUUAUUGUGAAUGGGUUCAUAAGACGAUAGACAAAAGUAAAGAAUCUGAAACGUUCAAAAUCUUUUUCCAAACAUUAAGACUGGAAUGUGAUGAGGGUGAUCCUGCUAAACUCGAAUGGAUCGUACCGGUAGAUGCACCAGAUCUAUUAUAUUAUCAGUGUUACACGCACAACAAUCUCGGUUGGAAGAUAAACGUAAUCAACGCCGGUGAUAGACCCCAAAUAAAUGGAAGUGGCUUGAAGAAACAUGCUUCGAUAUCGACAAUAAUAAUCGCCUUUAUCGUCGCCGUCGCAUUUGCGUUCUUAAGAUGAAUCAAAAACGAAUCAAUUCGCCGUUCCUUAUAUAUUUUCUUUAAGGCGUUAUUGCUCUCGUGGUAAUAAGAAUAAUAAUAAGAGAAAGAAAAAGAAAAAUAUAGGAAAAAUUCAUCGGAAUUAAUAAUGAAUAAUGACAAUAAAGCGGAUAAAAAGAGAGAUAGAGAGAGAGAGAGAGAGAGAGAGAGAAAAGAAGCACGAGAGAAAAAUUGUAAAACAAAUAAACAAACAAACAAGCAAACAAAACAAAAAAAGAAACACGAUACAAGGUUGUAAGAAAGUAUUUAGCUUGUAAGAGAUUUCAUUGUAUACAAAACAGAUUAGAGAAGUAUUUUUAAGACCUAUCAGAUUCAAUAUUUCGUAUUAUACGAUAUACAUACAUAUGUGUAUAUAUACAUAUAUAUAUAUAUAUAUAUAUAUAUAUAUAUAUAUAUGUACAUUCAAGACAAUAUCAACAUACAUAUAUAUAUAUAUAUAUAUAUAUAUAUAUAUAUAUAUAAAAAUAUAAAAAAACGAAGAUGAUAGAGGAAGAAAAUUCUGACAAUAAGAUCGAUCCUGAGAAUAUUAGAAAAUAUUGACAAUAAUAAAUAAACGACGCGACGGACAAUAAUACAGUCGUUGAUAAUAUCUGGACAAUAAUAAUAACGAAAGAAAACAUUCCUUUCGUAUGGGAGUAUCGUUGAUGGCUCUUUAUCAGAAAAAAAAAAUAUAUAUACAUACAUACGUACAUAUACAUAUACAUACAUACAUACACACACACACACACACACACACACACA